AUGUUUUACAGUAAGAGCAACUCAUCAAAGUCUGAGAAAACUUGGGAUCAAAUUCCGUCAAGAGAUUCCGUUUAUUAUGUUCUCAACAGGCUUGUCGGAUGCGAUAUGCUCUUGAAAAAGGCUUUAUCAGUCUAUUCUAUUGCAUACAGAGAUUUUUGUGUUGUCAUCAACCGUGCCGAGUUCAUGGCCUUUGCGUUGGCUAUACUAGCUGUCCUUGCGAGGUUAUAUAUAUUAACUCAAGGCUGGUUAAAAGAGGUUCAAGCAUGUUACGCAUUAUUGAGAUCGUGGGCCCACUGCUUCCCGGCUGCUGUCCAUCAAGACGAGUAUCUACUGUAUGAAGGUCUUCCUGAUCUGUUAGAGGAUUUGCCGAUUCAAAUAAACAUUGAGAACAGAAAUGUUAAUGAACUAAUAGCACCAUAUGAAUACGACAGAGAGACAGAAAGUGAUAUUCGUAUAAUGAGUGAGAAUCUAUCGUCAAUAGUUAUCUCUGAAACCGCAAAGGAUAUUGACUCGCCCGAUAAUGCAGUUUCGGAAAAAGUAAAUACUCCUGAAGAGACAGUGUCUACCAACGUAUCAUCUACGAUACCAGUUGAGAAUACCCAACAACGCGAACAAUGGCAAACGGUACAGAGAAAGCGUAAAAAGAACAAGGCCAAAGACGAGAUCGAUUUAAUAUUCGGUGCUUCGUCGAGUAGUGUAAAGGCCCGCACGUCCUCAGCUGCUAGUUCUAAUUCUCCUUCCUCCAGUAAACAAGUAUUUCCUCGCUCGAAAAAGAAGAAACUGUCUGGGCUGGGUCAAUGA